GUAAUUCGUUCGGUUUUUGUGCAUCUCCGCGUCUCGUCGAAUGUACGAACGAAACGAACGGGAUGAACAUGUGAAACGUUUCUUGUAAUUUUCGAUCGGUUUUUUCUUAUUGGGGUUUUCAUUUUUUGGGUUCACUUUCGAUUCGGGUUUAAUCGAAAUUUUGUUUUAAAAGCUCAAAUUUGAUAGAUGCCGAUGGGGAUGUUUUCUGCAAUGAAGCAUUGCAGAUAAAGUUGAAUUAUUUUUUUAAACUUAUCUAUUAGUGAUCAAGUUUUUUGUUAAUACUAAGUUUAUUUAACACGCUUAGGAUGGCGUUCGAAAGAAAUAGGGUCAUAUAUAACAGGAAUAGUUGCGGCCCUUUUUCUCUUUCGUACGAAUUACGCCGCGUCGAUCCUGAAUUUGUUGAUGAAGAAUACGCCGAGAGGAUCAUUAACACGCAACUAAGGCAAUUGGACCCAUUAAAAGAAGAUUUGGCCGAAUGGAUUAAUAAAACGUUAGGUAUCCAUUAUCUAACGAGAGAUAAUUUUUUAACCGAGCUGGAUAAUGGAGCGGUUUUAUGCCAUCUUGCCCAACAUAUUCAAGAAAAAGCCAAAAUUGCCAUUGAUGCUGGGUUUUUGAAAGGGCCUUGUCCAUCAAUAAGAGGAAAAUGUUUCGAAAAAGCAAUGAGACGCAGUUUUUUUUCAAGAGAUAACAUGGAAAACUUUAUCAAAUUUUGUCGAAGUUUGGGAGUUCACGAAAAUCUUCUUUUUGAAAGCGACGAUUUGGUUUUGCAUAAUCAACCAAGAAACGUCAUCCUGUGUCUUUUAGAAGUGGCCCGAAUAGCAACGAAAUUCGGCGUUGAUCCGCCGGGUUUGGUUCAAUUUGAAAAAGAAAUCGCCGAAGAAGAACGUGAUACGGGCGAUUCCGGUUUAGGCUCGUUAAUCUCGUGGCAAUUCCAAGCAAGUUCACCAAUCGCAGAUGAACCAAAUUUGAGAUGUAACGGUCUUGUUAGAAAUACAGAAAACAGACGCAGUUUAGAUCCAAAAAUUUUGUUAUCUGUCGAUUUGGAUAGGACAAAAUCCGCUGGAGAUUCUGUUAUCAAAAAAACGAUGAAUAGAACUUUAAGUGAGGCAAGCGAUGGGAUUUUUAGCGAGCACACCGAUGAUAAUUCAUCAAGGGAUAGCGGAGAAGAACCGGAAAUUGAAACAAAAACUGUUCAUCAAAAUGAAAAAGUCAUUUUAACCGAAUUGGAUAAGAAAGUACAAGAAACAACCAAAUUAUUACAAAGAAAUUGUAAUUGUUUGAGUGGGAGAUGUUCAAGAUUGACUGUAAGAAAGGUUGGGGAGGGAAAAUAUAACAUUGCUGGGAGAAAUGUUUUUGUUAGGUUAUUAAAAGGACGUCAUACAAUGGUGAGAGUUGGUGGUGGUUGGGAUACGUUAGAACAUUUUUUGUUGCGCCAUGAUCCAUGUCAGGUGAAGUUUAUUGCCAAAGAUUUGAAAGAUAACAUAGAAAGACAGCAUCACCAUAGCACGCCAAAAUAUAUCACAACUUUGGGAGCAAAGUAUCACCAAGUACCUCACCGUGAACCGUUCACGCGUUAAAACGAGAACCUCAAUAAAGUGCACUGAUUAGAUUUAAAACUUACAAGGGAAAAGAAAAAAUAUAUAUAUAUUUCGCUCAGCGAAUAUAUAUAACAUUUUUUUUCUAAGCAUAAACACCGCAAUUUUGAAUUUGUAUUUAAUUGUACAUUAUUAGAGUUUAUUUACUUUUUAUACGUUCGAACGCGACACGUUUUCUAACCAAUUUUAUGUUCAUAGCACAGUUUUCAAGGAUGAUUACUGUGCGAAAUUCUUUAUAUAUAGCAUGUAAUUAUUGUUUUUCUUUCGUUAGUUAGUUAAUUAAUUUAAGUUAUGUAUUUUUAUACAAGUCAGUAAAGAAGGUAAUUUAUA